AUGGGCUGGCUACCUUCCAUCUUUGGCGGCGAUGCUCCCAACCCGCUCGGCAAGCUCGAUCCCAAGCUCCGCGAGUUUCUCGAAAAAGAGUCGCCGGUGAAAUAUAUUCCCAACCAGACGACAACGCCGACGCGGCGCCAGGAUGCACCAGCGGCGGUAGAGUCAAGGGCCGAGGCGGCGACAGUCCCCUCUGCGAGUUUAUAUCAAGACGGACGAUAUGCGCAUCUGUGGAAGAACUACAGGCCGCUGGCCGAGGUCGAGGAAGAGACGUCGACCGAUCACGAUAAGCUGAUGGCCGUGUUGGAGGGGUACAAGGAGCGCAAGGCCGCAAUCGCCAGGGCGGGACUCGAGAACUGCGCGCCGCAACAGGAGGAAUGGAUCAACUGCAUGAAGAACGGCAGCUGGGAGGAUCAGUUGCAAAUGUGCAGGCAUCAAGUGCGGCGUUUUGAGAGAUGCUACACCAUGCAAUCUAGAUUUUUAAGAGCACUCGGCUAUGGCUCAGUAGCAGGGCGACCCGCCGAAGUCGACGAAGACAUCCAGCUCCACGCCGAUGCGCUGUUCCAACGAAUGCUCCAGCACGAAGCCGAGGUCGAAAAGGCCAAAGAAGCCGGCACCCUCAUCCCAUCCUUCGACCCCUCCAUCCCCAGAACAACAGCCACUCCCGCAACCGCCGUCAAGCCCUCUGAAGAGCUCCAGAAGCAGUGGAAAGAGAAGCUGGACCAGCUACCCGAAGACGAGAGAGCAGCAGAAGAGGCCGCUCUGAGAGCCGACUUGCAAGCCAAGGCGGACGUUGCGCGAAACGUCAAGAAGAUUUGGGACGCGAAGAGAGAGGAGAGAGAAGUGCGACGAGCGGAAGGCCAGGCAACGUUUUCUGAUACGAUUGCGGCGCUGUUCAGCAAGGGUAAAUGA